AUGGCUACCGGAAUAGCGAUGGGUCGCCCAUCACCGCAACUGGACAACUCCGAGUAUGCCGUCGGCUGGAUCGCUGCCUUGCUACAUGAAAGAGCAGCUGCCAAGGCAAUGCUUGACAUAGUGCAUGCGCCGCCGCGGCACAAACACGCCAAAGAUCACAAUAGCUAUACGUUAGGCUCUAUCAAUGGACCAAAUGGGGAACAUAACGUGGUUAUUGCCAGCCUCCCGUCCGGUCGAUAUGGAACCGUAACUGCGGCUACGGCUGCUAAGCAGAUGCUUUCUAGUUUUCCCAGUAUCAAGUUUGGGCUAAUGGUUGGCAUUGGCGGUGGUAUCCCGAGCGAUGAUCAUGACAUCCGACUGGGCGACGUUGUGGUUAGUCAACCUACAGGCGCAUUUGGAGGCGUAAGGCAAUAUGAUUGCGGCAAGGUCACUGCGCGUGGUUUCGAAGAGUGUGGUGCACUGAACUGUCCUCCUGAGGCCCUUUUAAAUGCGAUGGGUGAGCUUCAAAGCAACCACGAGAUGAUGGGAGGCACAUCGAUACCCGAUAUCUUGGAGUCCAUGUAUGCAGCUUAUCCGGCAAUGGCGGAUUCACGAAGAGGACCAGCAUAUAUCUAUCAGGGUGCAGAUCAUGAUCGGUUGUUCUGCUCUGAUUGUAUACAUGAGAAGGGCGCAAAAGAUUGUGGUGGGUGUAAUCCCGAGAAGGAAAUCAAACGACCUGAACGACUGGACCAGGAUCCUUAUAUCCACUAUGGCACUAUCGCUUCAGGUAAUAAGGUCAUCAAGGAUGCGAAGGUGCGCGAUUUGCUAGCAAAGAGUUGUCUUUGUUUUGAAAUGGAAGCCGCGGGAUUGAUGAACCAAUUUCCAUGUCUCGUCAUUCGUGGGAUCUGUGACUAUUGCGAUACCCAUAAAAAUGAUCGAUGGCAGAAGUAUGCGGCGGCUACUGCUGCUGCGUAUGCAAAAGAGCUUCUUCAGGUUACCGACGCCUCGGACAUCCAAAAUACACCAGAAGCCCGUAGUGUUGUUAUGGAUAACAGUGAGUUGCAGCUCUUCCUUGUAUUACUGAGACUCAUUUGUUCUCAAUUUUCAGAGAUCAAAACAAUUGUCAAGGGCCUCGCCCGAGAUCAAGAACAGAAAGAUCUGUUUAGGUGGCUAUCUCCUCUCAGCCCGUCUGCUAGGCAUUCUGAGAACCAGAGAGUGCGAGUGGAAGGUACUAGUGUAUGGAUUCUUGAGGAUCCUAGGUUCUUAGAUUGGUCUGGUGAAGGCCCCAGCUCCCAGGCCCUGUGCUGCUUUGGUAACCCAGGCGCAGGUAAAACGAUUAUAUCCUCUGUCGUGAUUGACAGCAUAAGGGGCCAAAUAACAACCGACUCGACUAUUGGACUAGCAUACCUAUACGGUGAUUAUCGUGACCAUAAAGUCCAGACGACAGAGAAUAUUCUUGGGGCCAUUGUAAAACAGCUAUUAGUGUUCUUAUCGGAGAUUCCACAGGCUCUUCUGGAACUAUACCAGAGAGAAGCAAAGCAGGAGGCCCCGCUGAGCAAGGUCAGCGCGCAGACGUUCCUAGACGUAGCUUGCGAGCAGUUUAGCAAAGUUUAUAUCUGCAUCGAUGCAGUGGAUGAAUUGAAGGAUCAGAGAACUCUUUUAGAGUGCUUGCAAGGUAGAUCUUCUAUGCAGUUGUUCAUUACCGGUCGUCCGCAUAUCCGGCAAACUGUUCAAAAAUACCUCAAGCAGAGGCAAGAGAUCCCCAUUGAAGCCCACGAAGGCGAUAUUCGACGAUUCAUUGAUCGUGAGAUUGGUGGGCCCAAUGACAUUGAACCCGAUGCUAUGGAUGAGAAAUUAAGACUCGAUAUCCAGAGCAAAGUCCUCGCAUCAGCGAAGGGAAUCUUUCUCUUACCCGUAUUGCAAGUGCACGCUGUCCUUCAGGCCGCAACUAUGCGUCGUCGUGAGGAAGCUUUGAAAACGUUGCCAUCUAGUCUUAGCGGUGCUUUCUCUGGUACCGUAGCUCGUAUAGAGCAACAACCGAUUGCACAUUCAGCAAAGGCAAAAACGAUUAUUGCUUGGGUUCAUUUAGCAGAACGGCCUGUCAGCGUUGAUGAACUUCUUUGUUCCCUCGCAAUCGAAGACGGGGAUAAGGCUUUUAACCGGAGAGGCAUACCGGUCAGAAGUACGCUUCUAAGCUGCUGUCAUGGACUAGUGGUUAUUGACCAAGAAACUCAUACUGUACGCUUGGUCCAUUAUUCUUUCCAAGAGUAUCUCAAUCAACAAAGCAAGAUGUUCGGGCUUAGCAAAGAAGAGUGGCACAGUCAAAUUGCACGUACAUGUCUUACAUUCCUAAAUUUCCCGGAGGAGACCGCAGACGAUUAUAUGGGUAUCACGCUUCUGUCCUAUGCUGCUACCAAAUGGGGCCAUCACCUUCGAAGAAGUGAGUACUUACCAGACUCACCUUUAGAGCUCGCAAAGAAAUACCUCAGCACUGCACAGGUAUUCAACAAUGCAAGUUUGCUUCUACUGUAUAGGGAAAUGUACACAGGUCGUCACAAAGACCAUGAGCUGCACAGGGUAGUCACCUUAGCUCAUAUAGCAGCUUUCUUUGGCAUACACAGCAUUAUGCUUCAUUUGACUGUGACUGUUGACAUUGACUCAAGGGAUAUAAUCGGCUAUACGCCAUUAUCCUGGGCCGCAAACCUUGGACAUAUGCCAAUAGUGAAACUACUUAUCGAGCAAGGUGUUUCAGUGGACCCUCAAGAUUUGAACGGCAUGACACCUCUUUUUCUAGCUCUUAAAUCCAAACACGAAUGGAUAGCAGAGCUGCUGAUAGAUUACGGCGCUGCAGUGGACGUGAAUGACGAGAACAGAAAUACACCGCUGUCAUAUGCUGUGGAAUAUAAAUGUGAGACGGCAGUGAGGCUACUCCUGGAUAAAGGCGCACCAGUGGAUACCAAGAAUAAGUUUGGGGAAACUCCACUCUUAAUCGCCGCUCAUGGCGGGUUCGAGAGAAUAGUAGAAUUGCUGCUUGAACGUGGUGCUGAAGUGGAUUCAAUGGACCCGUACGGCCGAACUCCUUUGCUAUACGCUGCAAUAAGUGGAUUUGAGAAAAUAGUUAGAUUACUUCUUGCGAAAAAUGCGGCCGUGGACUCAUUAGACCAUAAAUAUGGCCGCACCCCACUGUUAUGGGCCAUCGCGAAAGAUCAUGAGGCAAUAGCAAGGUUAUUAAUUGAUAAAGGUGCUGCAGUGGAUACGGUGGACGCUACAUAUGGCUGGACACCCUUGAUAUGGGCUGCAUAUCAUGGAUGGGAGACAAUUGCACGGUUGCUGAUCGAAAAAGGGGCAGCAAUCGAUUCCGUGGACUCUAAAUACGGCCGGACACCACUGCUAUUGGCAUUAGAGUACAGACAUGAGGCGGUAGUGAAACUGCUGCUCAGCAACGGUGCUGCUGCAUUGAUGGACUCGGGUGGGAACUUUGAUCUCGCAACAUGGAAGGGAGAUGGAGGCCUAGAUGGCUUGAUGGAUCAUCUAGGGCUAACAAUGGAUGAUCUUGGACAUCGUUUGAGAAGGAGAACAAGUCGGAAGCCUACUUAUCUCGAAUACUUUACCUAG